AUGGAUAAAAAUUGUAAUAAUAAUUCUAUCAUAGAAGAUCGAAAGGCAUUUGAAAUUGAUUUAAAAAAGAUCGCUCCUAAUCAUACACAUGAAGCGACAGCCACCGCCUACCGUGGUAUAAUAUUAUACUUGGUUUCUCUAUACCGGCGGUUACAGAAUGCUGCAGUGGUGAAUAAGCUAAUCACGUCGUGUAUAAACCGAAAUAUUACGGUGAUAACACAACACGUUACGACUGCGGCGACAGAGAUUUAUCACAAGUCAGCAUUGCAGUGGUCGGCGGCAAUCACAAUGAAAUUACCUGUCGGCGAUGAGGCCGAGCGUUUGAUUGAUAUUCCAAUGAAACCUACACAAUUUUGUGAAGACCUCUGUGAGUGA